AUUCUCAAUUUUAUUUUUGAUUGCAAAUUACGAUUUCCUUCCACUUUGCAGAAACCGAUUACCGCACGGUAGUGUGGCCAAAAACUCAUAAAUAAUAGCACCGAUUUCAGAUGCCGUUAAUUAAUUCGUGUCCGCGUCCAUACGCAAGUGGUCGGCCAGCAUGGCGGCAGUGGUUCUAGCAUUUCUCCUUUUUACGACGUUCUUUUCCCUGCUAGUGCUGAUCCGUCGAUAUGUGAUUGAUAACCGGUACGCAUUAAAAAUCCCAACCGUGUCCCCGGUGCACCCACUGAUUGGACACUGCGGCCUAUACAUGGGUAAAAACACCCGACAGGUGUUUUGGUUGAUGGCGAAGUGCUUCCGAGUGGUCGACCGGUUGUCUAAGUUGCGUUUCGCGACGAUUCCGGUGCUACUGGUGAACCACCCGGACCUGAUCCAGGAACUGAUGACCCGUCCGGAGUUGUACGACAAACCGUUCUUCUACGAGUACAUGGGCCUCGGCAAGGGGCUGAUAACGGAACAGAGGGGCCAAAUGUGGCGACGGAGCAGAAAGUUGCUGAAUCCCACUUUCAGCACAAGGAUACUGAACGAGUUCGUUCCGAUAAUGGACGCGCGAGCUCGGAAGAUGAUUGGGAGCCUGGCGGAACUGGCGGACGGCAAGACGGAAUUCGAUAUCUUGCCAAUCACGGCUCAGUGCACAUUGGAAAUGGUGUUCAGUACGACGAUGGGCUGCCGGAUGGAGGAGCGGCAGGGCGAGCGGGAGUACGUCCGUUGUCUGGAAGGAUUGAUGACGUGCAUAGGCGAAAGGAUGCUGAAUAUAGAUAGGUAUUUGGGACCGGUGUAUCGUUUCACGAAGGCGUAUAAGGUGGACAAAGUUUGCCGGGACACGUGCAACGGGUUCACGGAAAAGAUUAUUCAGGAGAGGAAGCAUGAGAUGGCGUCGAACAAUAAUAACAUUAUCGACGAACGGUUGUCAUCGGGGGAAAUGGAUGAGAGUCGGGCCAAGUCUUUGAACUUUUUGGACCAAAUUCUCACAAUUCGGAGACCGGACGGAACAAAUUUUCCCGAUGAUGAAGUGUCUGAUCAUCUCUACAGCAUCGUGGGAGCGGGCAGCGAAACAUCCGCCUUGACGAUAUCCUACGCGUGUCUAUUCCUCGCGAUGGAUCACCAAAUCCAAACCAAAGUAUCAACCGAAAUCAAACAAGUCUUCCCAUCACGCAACACUGAAGUAACCCCAGAGACCCUAAAGCAACUUGCCUACAUGGAGAUGGUCCUCAAGGAAACACUCCGACUUUGUCCAGCAGUACCCUUUGCCGCCCGCAGUAACGAAACUCCCAUCAAGUUGGACGGCGUCCAUAUCCCACAGGGGCAAAUCUUCUGCUUUAAUUUCUAUACCCUCCACAGGCGAAAAGAUCUCUGGGGCGAUGACCCGGAGCGAUUCGACCCGGAACGCUUUAGCACAGAAGCCAGUCAAAAUCGCCACCCAUACGCCUACCUACCCUUCAGCGGGGGAUUCCGCAACUGUAUCGGAGGACGUUACGCCCUCAACUCGCUCAAGAUAAUGCUACUUAGGAUACUUCAAAACUUUCACAUCGACACCAGCCAGAAGCGGGAAAAUAUGCGCUUUCGAUGGGCCAUCACCAUGAAGCUCGUGGGACCCCAUGCGGUUCUACUGACGAGACGUGACCUGUACCAACAAAAUCCCCCCAGCAGCCAGCCCCAGCAGUAGUGCAGCGCGGGAUCUCUGCCAAUAAACAUUGCGUCCGCUCCGCUUCCGUGCAGCUCAAGAAGAAUCCUUUAGAAUUCAAUUUCUGUCAUCGCACGCUGCGCUCGUAUGUUUGGUGUCAGGUCCAAUUUAAAGCUUUGCCGAUGCAACGAUUUCGACAUAACUUUCCCUUCGUCCUCUUCGUUGCGAUCUAGCAGCCAGCGUCCACUCAGCACGAUACAAACAACCCUUUUCCUCCUGAACCAUGGUCCGGGGGAUUGCUGGCCAGCAUCGACGACCGACGGCGAACAGCAAGCAGCUAGCAGCGAGCGGUGGUAGCAACAUUCCGAAAACGUUUGUCAUAUCUCUUCGCACACCAUACAUAUUUUUUACUCUCCCUCCACACGAUGAUGACAAUGACGAUGGGAGGUUUCAGAUGGAAACUGCGUUACUGGGAUGCAUUCAAAGGGGUGAUUUAAUCUAAGUUUGUGAAUAAACGUUGAUGAUGUGAAAUGGCUGGAAGAUUACAACCUCAUUCAGUACGGUUGAUUAAA